UCCUCCAUCCUCCUCUUUGACCGGUGGCGUCAUCUAGUCUCUUAUGUUCCGUUUUGGUGCUGCAUCGGUAUGGUGAAUUUCAUGUGCUUUGGAACUUCCUCUGCGUCCAAUUGCGCACUGAGUUUCCUCACUGAUCCGACCCAAGUGUACUGAAAGAUGUGACAAGCGAAUUGUCUCACUGAAAAUAAGCCAUCCACGUCGGGAGUAAUGAAGAAGGAUAAUCCUAUUGCUGCAGUGAAGCUUCCUUUUCUACCCCAACAUAGCCUCUGAAAAAGAGAGGGGGAGGCUAUGGCGCACGUGUUGUUGCCCUGUGACGUGCCCUCGUGGCCUGAUGUUCAGAAGCAACUGAGCCAACUGAAGUUUGCCCAUUCACCUGAACAGCUGGUGGCCGACAUGCAGCGAAUCCACGACAUCUGCUGCGUAGGGCUGGAUCCAGAAGACAUAUCCAGGGAAGAGGUUUCCCUGGACACGCUCAAGAAGUUCCUCAAGAUCUCCCUCACCGCCGAACAGAGGCUCAGGUUCUUCGAGGUGACGCUACCAUUCCUUAUCUCAUCGGCGCUCAAUCUCAAGCAGCACAAGCCGGAAGGAGGAUUUCUCUACUCCUUACAACAGCAGCCCGGCGUAUUUGCUUUGGAUCGGCAGUUCAUCAACUCUCUACUGGCGAAUGCCUUCUUCUCGACGUUUCCGAAACGGAACUUCAAGACUCAUCCCACGUUGCAAGAUUUCAACUUUGCAGACUUGUUCCAGCACCUCGAAAGUCCCGCUCAUGUUGAGAAGCUCAAGAAGCUUCUAAAUUACUUCUACCAUGCCUUACAAGCGGAGCCCGAAGGCACUGUCUACUUCUCCAGAAAGGUCACGCCCUCGGGAGGCUUGAUGUCAAUGCCAGAAUGGAUGUGCAGUGACUGCCCCUUAUGUCCUCUAAUGGUUCGAACAAGAGGAAUCAUGGAGGACGCCGAACCUAGCCUACUUAAGACCUACCCAUGCAGUGCCAAAAUAGGAGGCGAUGUGCUCAGAGAUGGCAACAAUAUGGAAUGUUCUGCGUUUACGAACGCUCCUGAGCUGCUGGCAGCGCUUGCUUUCGUAGAAAGUCUCGGAGACAAUGAGGCUCUCACGGUGGACGGUAUCCUGCCUAUGGAACACAGGCCUCAGGCUGGGGACGAACCAUCCUUGAGCCCAUAUGAGUCAUCAGUUGCUCUCCUGGACUUCAAGGACCACACAUUUAAACCAGUAGUUCAGUUUGAAGACUCGUCACUUCUGCGUGAACUCAACAAGUGUCUUCUUGCUUUUCGGCAAAACAUCGACUCUCGCCGUCCUUCUCCUGUCGGACAAAGCUCGAGUUCCAGCGCAGGUCUUGACGGAGGUUUCCAGUCGCUUCCAUCAUCGAUUAAUUCGUCCUCGCAAAACAGCAUCUACGUGACUGAUUCAGCAGACCAACAGAGCGACGACGCUGGUCCUGAAAACAAGGAGCAUAAACCUCCACAGCAAGCAACAACAACACUUUGCCACAGAGCGAAGAAAGUCGUCAAGGCUGACCCAGAAGCACGACCAGCUAGGCAGCCCACUGACGAAAACAAGACAGUGAAGACAGUUUUGGAUGCGCUGAAGCAAGCGACGCAAGUUGUCACUUUGAAACAGUCUUCCACUGCAGAACCUGCACCAGCUGUUAUGAACGCCACAUCUUUGCCACCACCGAGUGAAAAGGUGCCAAACUGUUGCCAAAAGACUACUGUUCCGGAACUACCAGUAUUGAGGAAAAGCUCGCGUAGGUCGUUUAACUCAUCUUCAUCCAAAGGCUCGUUUGAAGAGAGGCGUCGGAGCUACGAAAAGAUUCUCAGCGCCCUCCCACCACCAGCGGCUGCGUCGCCUCCUCUUCUAACUCAAGCCGUGCUCUGUGCUCAACGUCAUCCGUCGCCUCGACCUGAAAGGCGAGGUAGUGGUGCUACGGGGCAAAGUGGUAUGGUGUUCAGGCCUGUAACGCCGUCUCCGACGGGUUCCCGUAGGUCUAGCUUUCGUCCUCUCCUGGAAUCGAUGCCUGUACUAGACCCAAGAAAAGAGUCCCACGAGCUGCCCUGCAGGGGGCCCAUACCACUGCCUGACUGCACAUUUUCGUCGCUUAUUACCAAAAACAUCUGUUCAACUCAGCCAUCAACUGUGCCUCUAUACGCUCUCCUUCAAGAGAAGCAUACCUUGUCCUCUUCACCUGUGUCCUCGCCCAGGUUUCGAUCUUCGUUCGGGUAUUCGGAAGACGAGCCUGACAGACCCGUGUCUUUGGAUCUACCCGUCUCGAAAGCGUCCCGACCAGAUGUUCCAGAGAACGUAGACAUUCCGCAGAGUUCGCCGUUGACGUCACCGGCAACGAAUGGAGGACGAGGGUCCUUGUCAGGAUCCUCUACGCCUUAUGGGUCUCCAGAAGCUGAGCUAUGGCCGAGAAUGUACCAUCAGAAGACAACAGAAGAUGAACACGACUUCCGUACCGCAGAAGAGAGCUUUAGUGAAGGCACCGACGAUCGACAGCACAGUCCAGUGCGAGUAAAGCAGCGUUUUCUAAGGACUAGGCGGCAGCGUUCUUUCAGAGCGCAGACCAGUGGUUCGAGCUUCCAGUCCUCGGCAAGGCUUUCCCGGGACGACUCGGCCAGUUCGGCGGGCUUCGUGCUCGAUUAUAGAAGCGACGACGAUGACUGCGGGCUCUCGUCCCUCAGUAAACAUGAAAGGUACGAAGAUUUUCGCCGUCGCAUUAAACGUCGCACUCGACGACUUGCCCGACGAGCUAGCCGAGGUUCCCGAAUGAGCUAUUCUAGUGGCAGCAGCGAAAUGGACGAUAUCUACGAGGACCCAGAACUCGGCUUCUCGCCUCGGAUGCAGCGUCCCAUUCGUGCAGCCAACUCUGAACCCACGCUGUUCAGCGAGACUCGAGACUCGACGCGUCACGAAGGGUUUCCCCCUUUGUCGUUAGCCUCCGAGGUAGUCAUUACAUCAUCGCCGGGUCGCAGACAGAUGCUCAUGAUGACGACCCGGCUAGGUCUUCCCAAGGCCUAUUCCUUCGACGGCGUUAAUCCGAAUCUCCCCGUGCCAUUCAAAGCUAAGUUUAGGUGUCGGAAACCCGCAGGUGUUGAUAGCGACCCGGAGUGUUUAGGGCUAACCAGACACGACGCAGACUUCAUCAGGAACUUCGCGCUUCCACCUCCAUCUCCCGAAGCUGUUGGAAGUUCGAGUGGCAAGGAGGACACAGACGAGAGCAGAGGGCAAGCCACUGGCAAGCCGCUUAGCCAAGCCGAAGAACCAGCGGAAGCGGAACAGAAGGACACGACCGUGUGUUCGGAACCGUCGCCACUCCUCAAGCCCUCAGCUAGCGGAGUACGCCCUGUCGCGACGUGUCGAUGGUCGCGCGAUGGCUCUGGCUCAGCUGACGUCCAACUGGAAGCCAUCAUCCAGUGGCUAGCAGCGAGUAUGGCCAGGGUUCCUUGCUUUGUUGUCUACACUGGUGGAGAGCCAAAACUUGAACAGCUUCCACAAGUUGGCUACAAGGCAGAGGAGCGGCACUGGACUGUUGGCGACCUUGCUUGUGAAACACUCAGAUACUGUCGGAAUAGGUUAGCUAUACAGCAGGGCAGGUAUAAGGGCAAAAUGUCACGCGACACAACGUUGUUCUCAUUGCUAAUUGGCCAUACAGGCAAGUUUCAGAGCCAUGAUUCUUUAGACUGAGAGGACACCGUGAUUAAUUUCAGUUAGACCUUUUCUGUCAGAGAUUAUUCUUUUCACAUUCGAAUGGUUAAAAGAGAAACUUUCUUAUGGCCUACUGGAUGCAACCGAGCUAGCUGACAAUAUGUUUCGUCGUCCCUUUUCCCAAACCGCAUUGGGAAGCCAUAUAACUGUGAUCCAGCAGCUCAGGGAUCAUCGCUGGUAAGGCGCCUGGUAGUAUACUGUCGUUCACCUUGUAGUUCUGGUAGGACGUUGGGGUUCGAUAAGCGUGUUGCAAUCAACGGACCAGGAACAAAGCAACGGCCAUUCUCACACCAAUCGAUUACACUCUUUUUAAAAACGGAUGUACUUUAUAAGUAUAUCGCUCCCUUAUGUAGAGUAUAAUUACUUUCAAAAAGGAGUAUCCUCACUCCCUGAAGGGAGUGAUAUAUGUGUGUACUCCCCAAAAGGGCGUUACUGUACACCCCCUUUUUGAAAGGGUCUACUAGACCUGUUACUAGAAGUAAAUAGCCAGCAUACUUGUGCUAGCAUAUGUCAUAUCCGCAGAACAUUCGUGAUAAGAAUUUACAGAGUGAAAGAGUUCCCGAUUAUUGUUUUGCGCAAGAGACGUUUCGAAUACGCAUUUAAAAGUACGACCUCGAGUCGUUAAAUGUGCCAAAAGAAAAUAUCAUGUAUUUGUGACCCUUCUGCGUAAAUAUUUCCGUUCUAAACACAACGUAUGAAGCCAGAACGACUGUGGUGCUCGACGCACUGCGCAGUUUCAUUGCAAUCGUUCCGUUUGUAUCGCUGCCUAUAGGUAUAUAACAAAUUCUUCCGUUUAGCGAGGAGACACUUUUGCGUUUUAGUGCCGCUUUAAGAUAGAUGAAGCAAGGCUAGAAUGGUAUGAAUUCGCUGAAGGGAAUAUUCCUCGAGUUCGAAGCACAGAAACGGAACGAACAGAACAGUGAGCUGGUAUCUUGUGUUUCCGUUUUCGUGCCUCAAGGGAUGUGACGAUGAAAAAACGGCUAGGAAGCAAGCGAGCUGGUGAAGAUGAUGCAUAAUGUAAAACCCCGAGACUAGGGAACACGAAAGGACAGACACAAACACGAAGUCUUUGUGUCUGUCCUUUCGUGUUCCCUAGUCUCGGGGUUUUACAUUAUGCAUCAAGGGAUGUGCCCUGCUGUGAAUAUUGCUGUGAAUAUAGUUAUACUGCCGCUUUUUGGACGAAGAAGAAAUAUUCCGUUAGAAACAUGAUCUCAGUCUGGCCGCUGCUCGUCUUGUCCUGUCUAUUAUUGCGUUAAAGAUGCAAACAGCUCAGUAGCCUACUUGUGGAGCCAAUCCAAUCCAAUCCCGCUCAUUAGCCAUUUGCAACAUUUAUGCAUUAUUACUCCCCCUAAUGCCUUCUCAGUUACUAGUGCCGUAUAGGGACGAUGCAAAGUUGUGAAAGGCGUGAUUUUCUUCUUUACGUUCACGGAGCAGUAUUGCCCCUGGAUAUUGAAUAUACACCCACACAUCCGCGGUUUUUGCCAUUUGGGGGUUAAAAAUCUCAAUGACAAAAAUGUUACGUUAUAAACAAAACGUAAACUUAUGUGCGGCUCUUCCCAGGAAGCGUCAGCAGAGACGUAUUUGCGGAUAUCCGCGAACACCACAGAAGCGUCUGGUUGUAUCCGCAUUUCAUCAGCACCGAUUUCGAAACAUUAUAUUUCUGCCCGCUAACAAAGAUAUCCGCGCGAAACUCUAGUUGUGAUCGCUUUUACGGAACCCUUUCGGCUGGCGAAAACGAUGCGAAAAAAAAAGAAAAGAAAAGGACAGUUUUCAAUGUCUUUGCAUUCGUACAGCCCCAACGCAUGAAUCCUCCUAUUUAUGAGGUCCUUCAGCUCGUGACACCGUCAGAUGCCUCUAUACAAAUCUGCGAAAGUGCACUUGCUUCGAAUAUCUCGUCACAUUUUGCAACGCGCUACUUUGCGAUACAAGAGCAAGAAACUACUUUACAGAUCUAAAUGUCUUAUUUUCUGAAAAGCAUUGCGAAAAUUUCACAUGUACAUAGAAUGUAUGAGUGCCUUAUACUUAGUCGUGUGAAGGAGAGUUCAUUUAAACGCGUACAUUCGCGCUCAAUUUCUUAAGAAUUCGCAAUUCGGCGUACAGGGAAAUACAGCCUCGCGUGUUAUACACAUGCUAACUGCCAUGCGAAAUUGCGCACGGUGGCAUAAGGUUGAAGGGUAGUGACGAUCGAUAACGGUAAAGCGCUAUAUGCGUUAUCAGUAUAGCUGUCCGUGACAACAGUGAAGUAUUUAAUAAAAAGAAAAGAAAAACAGAGUAGUGCUGGUGCGCUGGUUACUGGUGUUUUCAGCAGCGUGGCAGCCUUUGAGGGGUAGAAAAUUAGGUACAAGUGCUGAAUGUUCCAUGCCAGCAUCAAUUAUGUUUUACAGCAGUGACUGUAGGGGAUGGUGAAUAUAUAAGACUACCUGCUUGAGUUGUUAGGAGGGAAGUGCAUUGCGGAAAUAUCAGGGUGGCCCACUAGACAUUGAGACCAUUCUCCUGUACACCAACAAAGUGAAGUGCUAUAUUCUUAUUUAUUCUGUGAAUAAAGAGUCUCAGAGAAUG